AUGCCGGAACAUGGAUUAGACAUAAUGGCCCUGAUUCUACUACUGGUGGAGGAGACCGGAGCCGCCAGCGUUAGAAAUAAGCUGGAAUUGAGGCAGGACGACGAUGGCAUCGAUACGCCAGACGACGAUGACGAUGUUGUGGCGACGCCGGCUCCAGCUCCCACAACCACAGACCCAGCAACAGCGACCACAUCCGCAGCCGCGACAGAAACUGCAAGUUCGGCUCGACAACUAGACACCAAGUCCAAGGCUGGGAUUGCUAUUGGAGUCAUUGUGGGCGUGAUUUUUCUGGGAGGCGCCGUCUUUAUGUACUGGCGACAUCGACGGCAGCGGAGAUGGCAACGGCGAAACAAGUACGACAACAACAACAAUGGCAAUGGCUACGACCCCAACAGACCGCCCAAUAUGUCAAUGGCUGCGCAUAACAUAGCACAUAAGUCAGUCAGCGACUCCUCGCCACCGCUUGGUUCCGUCUCACCGCCGUCGACAAACCCGGAUGCCGGCCGGGCAUGGUUCGACAACGGGCCCGGGAGCUCGGAGCUGCCCAGUGGCGAGGCCAGGGAGGGGAACGGGGUUGCGGGCUGGGCUUAUGACAAGGCGGAGCUCAGUGCUCCCGAGUCGGGCGGCGCACAAGCCCCGGGGCAGCUGCACCCCCAUCAUCAGUUCCAUCACUAUUCCAACUCGACGGAACUGCCUACUGCGGGUAAUCAGAUCCACGAGAUCCCGGAGGCCAGCGCGUGUUCAUACGCACCUGUGGAGCUCCCUGCUGCCGUGCCGGACCACAGCGCCAGGUACAGCGGCUUCACGGGGUUCAGCGGAGCAGACGGCGAAGAUAUUGGCAGGAACGUCAGCACAAGGACGAGCAACACGGACGGGUCUGGGAGGAGGGAGAGUGCGGCGCCGACGUUCACGGUCUCAUCGCCGGCGACCACCGUUGCGGAGACUGUCUCUGACUCUGGGUAUGGCAACCACGUUGGACAGGUCUCGCCGGCUUCACCGUACGCAAGGAGCGCGGCUGGUGGGAAUACAGUAUAG